UUACCGCACCGCGCACGUGUUUUUAUUUACUCUUCACUUUAGCUUCACGAUCUCCAAGCAAAAUCGUUGGCACAGUAGUUUAUCAAAUUUCCCAAGAAAUAACACAAAAAAGUUUUUGUUAUUCUGCAAACUGUUUCUAACAAGUGACACCAACGAUGGAUCUCGAGGAUCUGAAUGUUAUUCCGGGAUUCUCGAUCGAAACUGCAGGCGUAGACUACGACGACGAUGAGUUAACCGGAAAAAGCAAGAAGAAAAAAGGAGGUGGUUUCCAGGCGAUGGGCCUCAGUGUGCCGAUUCUCAGGGGUAUUCUCAAGAUGGGCUACAAAAUCCCCACGCCGAUUCAGCGUAAGACAAUUCCACUGAUCAUGGAAGGUCGUGACGUGGUUGCUAUGGCAAAAACCGGCUCUGGCAAGACGGCAUGUUUCCUAAUUCCGUUAUUUGAGAGACUGAAGCAACGCGAGAUGAAGAAUGGAGCUCGGGCGUUAAUUCUUACACCGACCCGAGAGUUGGCAAUCCAGACGUUCAAGUUUAUUAAACAGCUGGGAAAGUUUACGAAUCUAAAAACGAUUUUGGUCCUUGGUGGGGAUUCAAUGGAUUCGCAAUUCGCAGCGAUUCACACGCUCCCGGAUGUAAUUGUGGCUACUCCAGGUCGGUUUCUUCAUCUCUGUGUGGAAAUGAAUCUGAAGCUCUCUUCGGUCGAGUACUGUGUGUUCGAUGAGGCAGAUCGCUUGUUCGAGAUGGGAUUUGGGGAGCAGUUGACGGAGACGCUCCGUAGGUUACCCGAUGGCAGACAGAUGGUGUUGUUCAGUGCGACGCUUCCGAAAAUGAUGGUUGAAUUCGCCAAAGCUGGCUUGAGCGAUCCUACUCUGAUCCGGCUGGACGUAGAGUCCAAAAUUCCGGAAACACUGGAUUUGAAGUUUAUUUACUGUCGACCAGAUGAACGAUACGCUACGUUACUAGUUCUGCUCAGGGAGGUUAUUCCGAAGGACGCGCAAGUUGUGAUUUUUGCCGGUACCCAGCAUCAUGUUGAACUUAUUUCGUUGAUUCUGACGAAAGUUGGUAUAGCAUGUACGCACGUUUACUCCGGAUUGGACGCUUCUGCAAGAAAGAUUAACACUGCUAAGUUCACGAUGAAGAAGGUCAACGUCCUCGUGGUUACAGAUAUCGCAGCUCGAGGACUGGAUAUUCCCAGCCUGGAUUAUGUGGUGAAUGUGCACUUCCCGGGCAAACCUAAGUUGUUCAUCCAUCGGGUGGGUCGUUGUGCACGUGCGGGAAGAAGCGGUACCGCCUAUAGCAUCUUCUCCAACGAUGACAUUGCACAUAUGCUCGAUUUGCAUAUGUUUCUUACGCGUUCGACUGAGCCGGACGAUUCCCGAAACAUUGGCAGAGCGCCACCGGAACUGGUUGAAACAGAGCAUCAGCUGGUUUUGGAGUAUGUGAAGCAUGUCGAUUUGUCCACAGCUUACCGUGUUAGUAACAAUGCGUACAAACAGUAUAUCGCAACCAGACCAGCUGCAUCGACAAGUUCCAAUAAAAAAGCGAAACAGUUUAAACUCGGCGAGCUUAAAAUUUUAGACGAUUUUGAAAAAGCUGCAGCAUUGAAAACAGAAAAGCACGGAAAAAAGGAGAAGAAAGUAAAGAAUAAUCAAUCAACACACAAUCCGGAUGAAUUUCGUGACAAUUUUCUUGCUCAGAUGAAAAAUUUUCGGCCCAAAUCUACUAUUUUUGAGCUGAAUCCCAAAAAUAACUCGAAGGAGCUUUCGGUGAUGGCGGAGAAACGUGAAAAAGACAACGUUAAGAUCGAGAAGCAUAAGCGUAAGUUGGCUGAAUUAGAAGAGGAAGAACACAAACCGAAAGCACCAUCGAAAAAGAUGAAGAAUCAGCAGAUUAAGGAUGAUGAAAACUUUAUUCCAUAUCAAGCGAAAGAUCACGUCGAAGAGGACGGGUACGCAAUCAACAGUUUUGCCAAGCAGGCAGGUUCGGCCGAAUUUUCCGUCGUUGGGGAUACGGCGGACGACCAGCGCAGACACAAGCGCUUGCAAAUGUGGGACCGCAAGAAAAAGAAAAUGGUCAACGUGGUCGAUCCGAAGGCGGGUAAAAUUAAAACAGAGCAUGGCGUGUGGAUCGCCGCUUCGUACAAAACUGGUCGCUACGACAAGUGGAAGGAACGUACGAAGAUAGACGAACAGAUGGCCGCCCGACAGGACAGCGAUGCGAGCGAUGCAGAGGAAACGGUACCGCUGCCUAAACGGGACUAUCCACACACCCACUGGGGGCGACACAAUGCCAAGAUGGACCUGAAGAAGGUGCGCGAUCUGGAGCUGAAGAGCGUAGAACAGAUUGCCAAACAGCGGCUGCAGAAGGAAACUAAGCUGGCCCGAGAGAAGGUCGCUCGACUGAAAAACGUGCAGAAAAAGAAGAAGGCCCUUGGCAAGAGGUUGGCCAAAUCGAAAGGGAAAAAAUGAAAAUAGAAGGUUGUUAUACAAUAAAUUAUACUAAAACAAAAAAAUCCUACUUUCUAAUAUGUUGAGCAAAGCAGAAAUGUAAAAAUAGAGACUAAUUAGAAGAAAAAAACGAAAUAGCAAUCCACAUUCAUAGCAGUUCUUACUCAUUCACA